AUGGGAGGAUCUGCACCAGAAGUACUGCAGUGGUUCAAGAAGGUAUUCACAAAGGCCAAGCAUUUUCAGCAGGACGGGCAAUUUUUUGGUCAGGGUUUUGCAAACCAUUUGUCAAAACAAGAGGAGCAAUCAUUCUCAGACGCUAGCCUGCAUGAGUUCCAUGCCAUUCCGCAGUCGAAGGAUUUGGACAAUUUGGGAUUUCUUUCCGAGAGGAAAGACAAGCACGCCAAGAAUUUUCAGCAGGACGAGAAUUUUCAGCAGGAUGAAGAACUUAGUCAGAAUUUUGCAAACCAUUUGCCAAAGGAAGAAGAGCAAUUUUUCUCAGACGCUGGCCUGCAUGAGUUCCAUACCAUUCCGCAGUCAAAGGAUUCGUACAAUUUGGGCUUUCUUUCAAAGUUAAAAGACCAGAUCUUCUUCUCCAAUGGUAUCUUUGAUGAUCCUGAUUGUACCAAUGUUGUCAACCAUGUGGUGACGGUGGUUGGUUACGUGAACAAUGCUACUGAAAAAUAUUGGAUCAUCAAAAACAGCUGGGGACUAAAUUGGGGUGAUCAAGGCUACAUGAAGAUGAUCAUGGGCAAGAAUAUGUGUGGCCUCACCACCCUUGUCGAAUACCCAAUGUUUUAA